AUGAAGAAUUUCCGCAAGGUCGCCUACAACUUCAAGAUGACGCUCGUCUGCGGCUUCAUCACCUUCCUCGUCUUCCGCGGCACCUUCGGCGCCGGCAAGUUCGGCACGCCGUUUCAGGAUGCCGAGAUUCUCAACCGCGAGCUCCGGUCCUUCCAAGAGAAGGGCCUCCUCAAGUCGCGGGAGAGCCAGCUGCUCUUCCUGCAGGACAAGAUGACGGACCGCAAUUCGCCGUACCGCGCCGGGCCCAACAUCACAGACUGGGACGAGCAGCGCGCGGAGCACAUAGCCUUGAAUCCCGGGUGCAACUCCACCAGUGACGGGCGGCCACGUGUCAUGAUCGUGUCGACUUCCCAGCCGAAGCCGUGCGAGCACAGCGUGGGCGACCACUUCCAGCUCUUGUUCCUUAAAUCGAAGCUGGACUAUGCGCGUACGCACGGCAUGGUGGUAUACCACCACAUGGUCCGGCUGGACAAGGAGAUGAACGGCAUGUGGGAGAAGCUGCCGCUGCUGCGCCGGCUCAUGCUCGCGCACCCCGAUAUAGAGUGGUUCUGGUGGAUCGACUCGGACUCCAUUAUAACGGACAUGAAGUUCGAGCUGCCAUGGCGCAAGUACAAGGAUGUGAGCAUGGUGGUGCCGGGGUGGGACGACCUCGUGUACAAGCACCGCGACUGGGUGGGCCUCAGCACCGGAAGCUUCCUCCUGCGCAACAACCAGUGGUCUCUUGAUCUGCUCGCCAAGUGGGCCGCCAUGGGCGCAAUUCCCCCUGCAUCACCCCCACCAUCUCCCCCUCCCCGCCCUCCCCUUUCCCCCGUUCUCCCCCUUCCACCCUUUCCCCCCCUGCAGUGGUCGCUGGAUCUGCUCGCCAAGUGGGCCGCCAUGGGCGCGAGGGGCAGAGCCAGGGAGGAGGCGGGCAGAGUGCUGACGGCGCAGCUCAAGGGCCGGCCAGAGUUUGAGGCGGACGAUCAGUCGGCGCUGGUGUGGCUGCUGGUGAGCGGGAGGGAGCGGUGGGGCAGGCACGUGCACCUGGAGAGCAAGUUCUACCUGCACGGCUACUGGGUCAACCUGGUCAACAGGUUCGAGGAGAUGAUGGAGCGGUUCCAUGCUGGCUUCGGCGACGACCGGUGGCCGUUCCAUCUCUCUUAUUCCUCCACUCGUUAUGCUCAUUUCCGCCUUCGCAAAUCCCCUCGUCUCUCCCCCAGGUUCGAGGAGAUGAUGGAGCGGUUCCAUGCUGGCUUCGGCGACGACCGGUUUGAGGAGAUGAUGGAGCGGUUCCAUGCCGGCUUCGGUGACGACCGGUGGCCGUUUGUGACCCACUUCGUGGGAUGCAAGCCGUGCGGCAGCAUGGGCGAGUACGACGCGGCCAAGUGCCUCGUGCACAUGAAGCGCGCGUUUGUGUUCGCCGACAACCAGGUGAUCAAGCCGUACGGGUUCACUCACUUGCACCUGAACAGCAGCGUUGUGGUUCCGCUGGUGAAUGUGACGACCCGGGCGUGGAUAGCUGAGACGCAUUAUGAGAGGAAGCAGCAGCAGGUGGCGGAGAAGAGGAAGAAGCAGGCUGAGGAGAAGGAGAGGUUGGAGCAAGAGGCGAAGAGAAUGGCUGAGGAGCAGGAGAAGUGGCGGGAGGAGGAGGAGACGAGGAGGAAGGAGGAGGAGGCGUGGCGGGAGAAGGAGGAUGAGAGGCAGAGGAAGAUUGAGGAGGGGAAGAGGGUGGAAGAGGCAAAGAGGGCUGCUGAGAAAGAGGCUAAGAAGAAGAAGAAGCAGGAGGGGCAGGAGGGGCAGGCAGGGAAGGUUCGGAAGGUUGCAGUGGGAGGGGCGGGACAAGGAAAGAAUGGUGCAAAGGGAGCGGCGGCUGUUACUGUGAAGAAUGUGACUGUACCGAUUGGGAAGAAGGGUAUUCCGGAGAUUAUAGUGGAUGAGGAUGAGGAGGAGGAGGAGGAUGAGGAGGAGGAGAGUGUGCAGGACAGGAGGAAGAUUGGGCUGACUAAGGCUGUUAUGAGGCAGCAGCGAGCUGCUAUGGCCCGCGCUGUGGUUGCUGCUAGCGCUGAGGACGAGGAGGAGCGGGAGGAGGAGGAGAGAGGGGGUGUGGAGAAGGGGGAUGAGAAGGGGAGUGAGAAGGGGAGUGGGGAGGGGAGUGGGGAGGGGAGUGAGGAGGAGAGUGAGGAGAGUGGAAGGGAGAAGGGGUUGGGGGUAGCAGGUGCUGGGAGGAAACCGGAGAAGGAAGAGGAGGGUGAGGAUGAGGAGGAGGCGGAAGAGGAGAGGUUGGACAGGGAGAGGGAGAGGAGAACGAGUGUGAAGCUUGAUGCUAGUGAUGAGACUAGUGCAGCAAAGGAGGGUAGUGAGGAGAAUGAGGAGGGAGAUGAGAAGGGACGUAGUGAGAAGGGUGUUGGUUUGAGAUCAGUGCUUGAGGAUAGGGAGGAGGCACAGGAGGGAGAUGGUGCAACAGCAGAGGAAGCAGAGGAGAAGGUGGGAUUGAGCAAUGAGGAGGAGAGGGGUGGUUUGAGAGGUGAGGAUGAAGGAGAGGAGAGGGGAGGUGAGGAGGUUGAUGAUGUGGAGUGA